AUGAAUGCCAGAGGCGUGCCCUACGCGAGAUUCCUAGAUGCUACGUUUCCCAUCUGGAAAAACCUUCCCACAAGGCAGUUUAAUAAGCUGCGAAAGCCAUUACGCCAGCUGAGAGACAGAUACCUGGAGGUGGCGGAGGAUCUAGGCAGCAAGGAGGAAGAUCUCUACGAGCCCUUCGCUGAUCUCAUGCAUAAGAUCCUCCACAAUAAUGCAGGGUUGUGUGAAUAUGUAAAGUCGCAUAAGAAACGAAAACUCCAGGGCGCCGUCAAAGAGGCAGCGAGAGGUCCUGAUGGAGUCAUCAUUUACAAGCCGCCCGGGCAGAACGAGCCAACAAAUGCCGAUGACUUGCAUUGGAGAGAAAUUCUCCUUGUUAUUGAUCUGAAAAGAACGAAGAACUUUGGGGCUACACUGAACCCUCCAAAGUCAAAUUCCGGAAUGACAGAAGAACAGAUCGAGAUCGAGUUGAAGAAAAACGGCAGUGUGAAAUUGGAUGGGAGACAACAACUUGCCAGCUAUGGGUUGGAACAACUCUCAAGCAACCCCCUUAAGCAGUUUAGCCAUGGCAUGGCCGUCAUUGAUUCCUUCGUUGAAUCUUGGUACUACGACCGCUCCGGGCCGAUAGGAUCCAGUGUUAUCGACCUUCGGAGGGAUGAUGAUUUCGAGCUAUUCUGUAAGCAAGUACUAGCCACAUCAUAUGCAGAUCCUCUCAGCUUUGGCUUCAAUCCCCGCUUUGACAUCAAGCGGCCAGUCUCUGCCAAUUCACAAAAGAUCACCAUUGGCGGUUGGGACAUCUCAUUCGACGCGUCUAGACCCAUCCACGUCUCGCGUGGGUUUACUGGGAGGUGCUCGACCAUAUUCUGUGCGUCAACACAAACCCCCGACACUGGAGUGGAACACCAAUGCGUUUUAAAGCUUUCUUACCAACCCUGCGAUCGCAUACCUUCGGAGGCUGACCAUUACGCACUUUUGUGGGAAAAAGAAGUCAAGGGUAUACCGGAAAUUCUCUGCUGGGAAAAAUUCCCGAGUCUCGCAGAGGAGGGGCCACGCUGUGCUCUCAUGGAAUAUCUACCGGACUAUCAGUUCGGUGCGGCGAGAUAUCUAGAAGCUAUUGUCAUCGCUGAGAGGUUCGAGCCUAUCACGUCCAUUGAUAUCAACAAGGACACGAAGUCGAUUUUUAAAGUCUUCCUUUCUAUCAUCGAAACACAUCAUCAGGCCUAUGAGGUAGCAGGCAUACUUCACCGGGACAUUCACGUCGACAAUCUCAUGUGGACGAUUGUGGAUGGCCAGCCCACGGGAUUUCUGAUUGACUGGGAUUUUGCCAGUGGACCUGCUACACAUCCUCCCGAAGAUCAUCAGCAAACUGCCUUCACGCUCAAUGCAGCCUCCCUCGCGAUUGAUCUACUCCAGAACGAACCACUCCCUCGUCUCUAUCGUCACGAUCUCGAGUCUUUCUUUUGGGCACUUUGGUCGAUUAUUCUGACGGGAGCGGACGCUGUUGGGUUGGACGAGUUUGUGAAGGUGUCCAGGUGGGAGCAAGGUAGUGUGGAAGAACGUAAGGCUUGGAAGCAGGCUUUCCUCGAUCGAGGUUAUCGAGGUGCAAUUGCACGGCUGAAUGAAAGUGAGAAGACUGGUCUCUCCCUCCCUAACAUCACAGCUUGUCUUGUGCAGCUGUGCCAGCUCAUUUUUGAUGGUCAGGAGGCGAUAGAAUACAGGAGUGAACUGACGAACGUUGAGACUGCCGAUGAUCACAUCACGUAUGCCAAGUUUGUAGCUGCUGUGAAACUUGCGAUUCAAUAG